AUGCUGGUUCUAGCUUCUCUGUUGCUGCUACAAGCGGUCGCACUUACAAAUGCGGUCAAACUCAAACACUCUGCAAUAAUCUCCUACCUGAGAGAUAUCUCAGACCCGGAUGUGAUACCUAUACCGGACACCAGUAACGACCCUUUGGCAGUAAGCAUCGAUCUGUGGUUCUCCAAAAUCCUCGAGGUGGAUACUGACAGAAACGAGAUUGAGGCUGUCAUCUGGCAGUCAGUGUCCUGGCGCAACCUGGCUUUAGCCUGGGAUACCACCAGGGAUGGGUUUAACGAGUCCAGCGUCAGUUUACCCACCCAGUACCUAUGGCUGCCAGACAUCACUAUCUACAACGCCGUCAGCUCGUCUGAAGUUCUCUCGCCUUCUAUUGCUAAUGUAGCUAACAACGGUCAGGUGAUCUUUGUGCCAAAUAUUAGAGUUCGUGUCUCCUGCGACCUCAAGGAAGUCGAUUCCCACAGUGGAGCGACCUGCAUGCUCAAGUUCGGCUCCUGGACAUUCUCCAAUAAAGUCGUCACCAUAUCCAAUCCUGGAGCUGGUAUUGAAAUGGCUGAAUACGCUCCAAACCCCAACUACGAAAUCUUGGCGACUCUUUCCCAAAAGCAAGUCAGGACAUACACUUUUGGGGCAUAUGAAGACAUCGAGUUCCUGUUUGUCAUUAGAUCAGUGGUUCAAGCUGAGGCCGUUCCUUUGGAGAAGAAACGUGCAGGACUGUGA